GGAAGCGCCUUUGUGGACAUCAGGUUCGUCACUCAACGGUGCGGGAAUGCAGCUGUGAAGGUCAGGGCUUAAGAGCCGGUGCCGUGGACGGAGAGACGAGGAUGGUGAGCCCCCCCCCCCCCAUCUGCUCGGUGUGCGGGCUGAGCUUCGAGCUGCUGAGCUGCGAUGGAGGACCGCAUGACGGGACACAACAAGGAGAAGCGUUAUGAGUGUGACGUGUGUGGCCAGGCCAGUCAGUACCCGAGCCAGCUGGAGCUCCACCGGCGGGUGCACACGGGAGAACGCCCCUUCGACUGCUCGGAGUGCGGCAAGAGCUUCACCUGCUAUGACAAGCUGCAGCGGCACAACCGCGUGCACUCCGGCGAGAGGCCCUUCACCUGCUCCAACUGCGGCAAAGGCUUCAAGACGUCCAACCACCUGAAGAUACACCAGCGCACUCACACCGACGAGCGUCCCUACACCUGUGCUCAGUGCAGCAAGGGCUUCACCAACUCCACUAGGCUGCUGUCGCACCAGUGCACCCACACCGGCGAGCGCCCCUACACCUGCGCCCAGUGCGGCAAGGGCUUCACCCACUCCAGCAGCCUGCUGGUGCACCAACGCAACCACACCGGCGAGCGCCCCUACACCUGCAUUAGGUGCGGCAAGGGCUUCACCUCCUCCAGCAAGCUGCUGUCCCACCAGCGCACCCAUACUGGCGAGCGUCCCUACACCUGCAUCCAGUGCGGCAAGGGCUUCACCCACUCCAGCAACCUACUGGAGCACCGGCGCACCCACACCGGCGAGCACCCCUACAGCUGCGCCCAGUGCGGCAAGGGCUUCAACAGCUCCACUAGGCUGUAUUCCCACCAGCUCACCCACACCAGCGAGCGCCCCUACACCUGCAUCCAGUGCGGCAAGGGCUUCACCCACUCCAGCAGCCUGCUGGUGCACCAGCGCGUCCACACCGGCGAGCGUCCCUUCACCUGCGCCCAGUGUGGCAAGGGCUUCACCCAGUCUAGUCACCUGUUGUCCCACCAGCUCACCCACACCGGCGAGCGCCCCUACACCUGUGCCCAGUGCGGCAAGGGCUUCACCAACUCCACCCGGCUGCUGUCCCACCAGCGAGUGCAUGCCGGCGACCGUCCCGUCCCCAGCCCGGUGUGUGGAGAGCGCUUCACCAUGGCCUCCUACGCCCCGCCUCACCAGCACGUGCACACCAGUGGCCAGCCCUACGACUGCCCGUACUGCGGUGAGGAGUUUGACAGCUCACGGGGGUUGCGGCAGCACCGGCGGACCCCUUGGUACCAGACCAAGUGGGACCAGUGUGUUCCUGUCACACGGUAG